AUGCCACCAGCCAAGGUAUGCCGCCAUGAGGAUCUGCCAGCAUCGGCCUCGAAGAGAGGCAAGGCGAAGGCCAAGGCGAAGGCCCAGGCCAAGCCCGAAGCCAAGGCCAAGGGCAUGAGCUUGGCCAAGAUGGGCAAGAUGGCCAAAAAGCAGCAUAAGAAGCAGCUCAAGAAAAAUGCAUUGAGCAAAGCGGUGGAUGAGCUCCCUGAGCCGCCAUUGCCUCCGCCACCCGGCCCACCAGCUAUGAGUGCAGACACUGGUGAGCAUGACAUGACCAAGGGCACAUGGAGGAUAGUCAAUGAGGACGCUGGCAUUUCGCUGUAUGGGCGGCAUGGGUCCAUUCUGGGUGUCGGCCGUCAGAACUGCCACAUGCUGCUGGAGAAGGACCAUUUCUUCCCCAAGCAGCAGAAGGCAUGGGUCAGCAAGAGCCAUUGUGAGCGAUUGCCAGAGGGUGAGCAUAAGGUGUGGAAGUGGGCCCAGAUGUCCUUCUACCGGGCCUGGAAGCAGGAAAUGCUGCUUGACAUGGGGCUCUUGAGCCAGGACCUGGAUCAGCUGGAUGGGCUUGAGCAGGUUCACAUCCUCCCAUACCCAGCCAUUCAGGCCGGCGGCAUAGAGCUGCAACAGCUGCAUUUGGGCUGGCGAGUCCUGCUUUGGCACAUGCUCCAGAGCUCAAUGCCCUGCAAGAGCAUGGGCUUCAUUAGUCCUGGAUGGACACAGCCACUAUAUCUGCAUCAUGACAAUGCCAAAGUGGAUGUGGAUGCAUUCAUUGAGUGCAUCAAAAAGCAGAUGAGUGCUCAUACACUGAACUUCCUCCCCCUGGGGUACUAUGACUCCCUGCCGGAUGAGUCCCAGCGAUGCAGGGACUACGCUGAGAAAAUCUUGGCAUCCCUGCUCUCCAUGGGCCUGGUGCAUGAGGCGGUGCUGCCUCCUCGCAGGAACAAGGUCUUCCAGGGAGUCGAUGAGUGCGGAUUCCAUGUUCUGGCUGCCAUGGAGCAAGAGGCCGCAAAGGCCAUGGGGUUUGGAAAGGCCAGCACUGGGUGGCCUUCGCAUUCGGCGAAGAAGUGGCAUGAGCGGCUGCAUAAGGUCACAAAUGCUCUCCGCACUGAGCAGACCAAGCGACUGGAUGAGCUGAAACAGCAUAAGAAGAAGGAGGAGGCCUUGGGAAUCAAGAUGAAAAAAGAGCGAGAGCACAUGGCGGCCAUGGCUGAGAAACGCAUGAGCAAAGGCCUUGAGCUGACUGCGCUUCAGAAGAUGGCCCAUGAGGUCAUUAGCCAAGGCAAAGUCCUUGAGAUCGAGGACAUGCCUCAGGCAUACUGGGAUGAGAGAAAUCGAAUCGAACUCUAUGAGAUUGGAGUCUGCAGCCGCUGCCGGCAUGCCUCAGGCUGCCUGAGCUGCGAUGAGGGUAAGCUCCUCGCAUACUGGAUGAGGAGGGAAGCCCGCAGAUUGGGCAGGAACAUUGCCCCUAAGUACAAGCUUAGCUCUGCUGGACAUGAGCUGGUCCCAUGA